UAUUUUUCCUGCAAUAUUGCGAUUAAGAUGAAGAUUCUUCUCCAUUUUGUACUGCUUUUUGUUCUUCCAGUACUUUUCUCAAAACUAUGCCUUUCAUCUCAACCGCUGCGGCUGCAGCCACACAAAAUCCCCAGGCUCACUCCAUUUCACAACUCCAUCCAACGGCGGCAACGCUCCGCCCCAAACGCGGCGGAAGAGACGACGUCCCUUCCUCCCCAUUUCAAGACCUUUUACUACAAGCAAACGUUGGAUCACUUCAAUUAUGCACCUCAGAGCUAUGACACCUUUGACCAGAGGUACAUAGUCAACUCCCAGCACUGGGCUCCUGGUGGGCCCAUCUUUGCAUGGCUCGGCGAUGAAGCUCCAGUCGAUGAGGAUCUUCCAAUUAUCGGAUUUCUUACCGAUAAUGCCCCUCGUUUCAAGGCUCUUCUUGUCUACAUUGAGCAUAGGUUCUACGGGAAAUCAAUUCCAUUUGGAUCAAUGAAGCAUGCUAUUAAGCAUAAAAAACUUCGUGGUUAUUUAAGUUCUGCUCAAGCUUUAGCAGAUUAUGCAGAGGUUUUGCUACGCGUAAAACAAGAUUAUAGCGCUCAAAGUUCAUCAAUCAUUGUUGUUGGAGGAUCUUAUGGGGGCAUGCUUGCGGCUUGGUUUCGAUUGAAGUAUCCUCACAUUGCUCUUGGUGCCUUAGCUUCAUCAGCUCCAAUUCUCUACUUUGACAAUAUGACACGUGCAGAUGGAUAUUAUUCCGUAGCUUCCAAAGAUUUCAGGGAAGUUAGUGAAAGUUGUUAUCAAACGAUACGACAAUCAUGGUCCGUUAUUGAUAAGUUUGCUUCCAAUCCGAGGGGUCUCUCCAUUCUUAGUGACAAAUUCAAACUUUGCAAGUAA